AUUCUCUACCAUGUCCCCUAAGUGUGUUGGUUCCUUUAAUAAGUGUGUGCGCCCUAUACAACUCUGCCUUUGCAGCUAAGAUUUUUUUAAAUGGACUACAACUGGCUGGCACCGACCUUCCCAAGCCAAUAAAGGUAUUGACAUGGGCGACUAUUCUUAAAGUGGGGACGGAGCUUCUGGAGGGGGAACAGCACGUUGGCCAAUAACGCCCCGACUUAUGAUGUCAUCGGAGGAGGAGACAGAGUUCGGUCUAUACGCAGAUAAGCUCCUGAAGAAAACGAAAAGAACUAGACAGCGAGUGGACGCGGGCGAACCACGUAACAGUUACUCCUCGAUCCCGAACUUCAGUUCGAGACCGAGCUUCCUCAAUACCGGUAACAAUCUUUACGGCGCGAUUUUUACCCAACAGCAACACUUCGGCCUCUUCGGGCCCGGCUUCGCGCCCGCAAAGAUGCUCAACGAACUUCUUGCGGGCCGACAAAAGGUCUCCGACGGUUCGGCGGCCGACGGUGACGACGCCAUGGCCAAGUUCGACCCCGUCGCGAUGCGCUGCGCCGACGGUGCCAGUCCGCCUUCAUCGGAACAACUCGCGCACCACAUGUUACGCGACAUCCUCCAGGGUCGCAAGCACGAGCUUCUUGUCGGACAGGAGCACCUCAUCAAUAACAACAACAACAACAACAACAACGACACCAAGGCAGAGGUGGAGCGUGGCGAUGUCGAUUCGGUCAAUACGAUGCAAGAGUGCCUCGCCGAUGGUGACCGACAGCAGUCCGAUUUGAUGGAAGAAGCGCUGAACGGUAUGGAUACUGAUUCGUUACCGUCACCGAAAGUCGAACCCCAAAGUCCCGCGAAACCGGAGGACGCGAAGAAGGCGCGAGUGGAAAAUAUAGUGUCGGGAAUGAGAUCUAGUCCUGCACCUCUUCAAGUGAACGGUUGUAAGAAACGCAAGCUGUACCAGCCCCAGCAGCACGACAGUACGGCAGAACGUUACAUUGACGACGACGACGAAGAAACGGAACCUCUAAGGCAGAAGCAGGUAGAAAAAAACGCUCUCAAAUCGCAACUGAGGACCAUGCAAGAGCAACUGGCGGAAAUGCAACAGAAAUACGUGCAACUGUGUACGCGGAUGGAGCAGAAUUCUGACGACAGUCCCGACGUAGAAGAGAUACCUAGUGACAGUGAACAAAGCAAACGAUCUCCGCCGGUGUCUCCGGCGAGAUCGUCACCUACACCGACUCAGCAACAGCAGCAACCACCACCGCCACCCGCACCGACUCUUUCACAACAAGUUAGCAAACUGAAAAUUAGCUCUCAAACGCCACAUUUCCAUAACGGAAUGUUGCACGACCAUCAACAAUUAAAUAACGCGGCCGCCAUGUAUUUGGGCGUUAGUCACAAGUUCCUAUUAGAGCAAGAAGCUCGUAUGGCCAAGGAAGCUGCAGCAGCGUCGGCUGCAGCAGUCUCCGAGGUCCCGCAAUCGAACCCACAACCGCCCACAUCAAAGCCCGACAACAUUGCGGACCGUUUGAACAUGAUAAAGAGCAACGUGACACCCACAGGUACCGAUUUGGAAGGUUUGGCGGACGCACUCAAAACUGAAAUCACUGCCUCCUUGUCAAACCUUAUCGACACCAUCGUCACCAGAUUUAUCCAUCAGCGAAAGUUAAAACAGAACGAGAUCGCUAGCGUGGAACAGCAAAUCGUCAAGGAAUCAUCGGUGGCUGCGAUGCAGUUGUUAGAUAGGAAAUCGCCAAAGAGCAGAGUGCUAGAAAGGCCGCAGGCACCACCACCUCAAUCUAAUAAUCAAAUGGUAAAUGGAAAUGCCAAUUUUCAUCCAAUGAUUCCAGCUCAUUGUAUUAAUAGUCAACCCCCAAAAACGAACGAACUUCAUAUAAGACCACCAAUGUUUCAGCAACCCAAACCUCCCGGUAUCAAUCACAUGCCGCUCUACGGAAUGAACCAUCCCUUUUGUGUUGCCAAACAGUCAGAGAACAGCGAGCAGAACGAAGCGUUAAGUUUGGUCGUUACGCCGAAAAAGAAGCGGCACAAAGUUACCGAUACGCGAAUCACACCUAGGACAGUGAGCCGAAUCCUUGGACAGGACGGUAUGGGAAUGUCACCUGCAUCUAUGGAACCGACGCCCUGUACAUCUCCGAGGCCUCCACCGUAUCCCCAGCCGCCCCCUCCGAUGCUACCCGUCUCAUUGCCUACGUCUGUCGCUAUUCCCAACCCCGGACUUCACGAAUCCCAAGUGUUCUCCCCGUACAGCCCGUUUUUCCACGGACCAAGCCAUGGACAUCACAUGGCCAUGCAGGCUUCCUCGUCGCCCCCAAGGAUGCAUAAAAUGGAAAGAGAAUCGCCCCCAAUCCAUCAUCCCCCCACACUCCUUCACCCCGCUCUUCUGGCUGCAGCCCAACAUGGAGGUUCUCCAGACUAUGGUCAUAUGAGAGCACCCUCGGGAGGUAUGAAUAUGGACAACGGCGAUCGGAAUUCCGACUGCAACUCUGGAGGAGACAUCUCUUACGACGGAAUGCAGCCUACUAUAUCCUUUAUAUACAAAAAACAUGUUUCCUUAACGUCUGAGCACUCGUCAACAUUGACACCCAUGCAUCUCAGGAAAGCCAAGCUGAUGUUCUUCUGGGUCCGGUAUCCAAGUUCAGCGGUUCUAAAAAUGUACUUCCCAGAUAUAAAGUUCAAUAAGAACAAUACUGCCCAGCUUGUCAAGUGGUUCUCUAACUUCAGGGAAUUUUACUACAUUCAAAUGGAGAAAUACGCUAGGCAAGCAGUGUCAGAGGGGGUGAAAAAUGCCGAAGACCUGCAUGUUGGUGGCGACUCCGAGCUGUACCGGGUGUUGAACCUCCAUUAUAACCGUAACAAUCACAUCGAGGUAUGGGGUUUUCAGGUUCCUUCAACGUUCAGGUUCGUGGUAGAGCAAACCCUUCGCGAAUUCUUCAAAGCAAUUCAAGAAGGCCGUGACUCGGAACAAUCUUGGAAAAAGUCAAUUUACAAGAUCAUCUCCAGGAUGGACGAUCCCGUCCCCGAGUACUUUAAAUCUCCAAAUUUCCUGGAGCAGCUCGAGUAAACUGAAAUGCCGCCGUCGUUCCCAUUAAUUAUUAAUAAAAUUAAUAAUAAUAAUAAUAAUGAUAAUAAAAAAAAAAAAACAAAAAUUAAUUAAAACAAAAAACCGGUUACCUCGCGGUAAUACAGGUACCUGUCUGUGGUAAGUCCGUUGCUAAGACCGUUCUAAUGACUAUCGACUGUCGCUGUGUUUAUGAAACACCAUAGGAUGUUAAUAGAAACUGAUGCUCAGGUUAUGGUGGUUAUAUGUUAACCAACGAAUCGGUGACGCGUUGUCAAGGCAACGCUUAUUGUUUAUCUUUUUUAUCGGGUAUAGAUACGAAUCGUGUCGAGGAUGCCCAGACAUCAUCUUCGAUUCGAUUCGAAACUAUUGUUACUACUAUAAAUAACUUAUAAUAAUAUUGUAUAUCUAAGUUGGCAGAAGACUAUAUUUCACUGCUCGAACAGUGAAGAAUAUCGCAAACAAAAAAAAAAUAUAUCUAAAUAACAAUAAUAAUCGAUUAACAACGGUUGAUAGCCGAUGCCAGUCAGUUUACCUGAUACAAUUUAUACAUUUUACCGAUGACAAAGCAUCUCAAGUUCUCAGUUCGUUUUCUCGCCAGAAGUCAGCAAGUUAAAUAUCUGCACCCCGUUGAUGGUUUUCCGUUUCCAUUUUUAAUCGUGUUGUUAUUAUUCAAUUGAUUCAACUUCAAUCAAUUCAGAAACACAAAACGCGCUCGCCUCUGUAAACUGUAUCUAAGUAUAUUUAUUUCGAUGUUUUUUGUACCUUGUAAAUACGAAGCGUUGUAUAUAGAAACCUAUAGAUGAUUGUCUUUAUUGCUAUUUUUAUUUAUUAUUUUUAUUAUUAUUACAAUUAUUACCGAAUAGCUAUAGGAAAUAAACCAAAGUAAUUAUUAACUAGUCGCGAAUUGAAUUCGACGUUUCUAAACUUGUUUAAAUUUCAAAUUAUAAUUUCACUAUAUUUCAGAACUUUUCUAUAUACAAAUAUCGUAUAAACAGUCUGCUAUUACACACAUUUUCAUUUAAUACAAUAGACCAAACAAAUUUGUCAUGCAACUCCAAUAAACUGUUUUAAUAUCUCUGCUGUGCUCCUAAAAAAGUUCUGAAAUUUAGUAAAUUUACAUAAUUCUUUAUGCACUCUUCUCUUUUCUUUAUAUCUACAUAAAAUGGUAGAUUUAAAGAUAAGAAAAACGUGACACCAGAAAAACUGUGGUUUACUGCAUUAUUAUUUUUUAUAUUAAGUAGGCCCUUUUAAAACAAUGCAUUUAGUUUGCAUGCCCUGUUUAUGUUACAAAAAUAAAAAACGCUUAUUAAUUCGAUUAUUUGGUAACGAUAAUAAUUGAUUAUCGGUUCAUUUGUGCAUGACGCCGCCUGCUUGAUAUAGAAACACGUGAUGUACCUAUAUAUGUUUAGCCAAGUUUAAUUAAUUUAUUAUUUUUUUCCUUUAGCGUAAUUAUUUCACUUUGCACUUUAUGCCUUAGUUUGUCACGGUCUCGCAAUACAGUGUGAGGGAACUAGUCAAUAAAUAAUUUUAAUUUAUGUGUCUUUUCUGUGCUUCUUGUGUAUGUGUUGCCAGUUAGUAGUGCAACAGUUUACAGGGCGUUCCUAUUCUAUAAGAAAUACAUUCUUGUACAUAACAUUCCAUUAUUACACCCGACGCAUCUUCAGGACGUGAUUACCUUCGUAACUGUUUGUUGUAUUUGUUAUCGAUAGGUCCCAAGAUUUUGUAAUUGCCUGAAAAGAAUAAUGUGAUUUAACUGUUCCUAUUGAAAAAAAAAAAACUGCCUAAAUUUUACAAGACUGCAGUUCUAUAUUUUUUAAUUUCAUUUUGUUCGACGUUAAGAGAUUUUGUUGCUUUUCAAAAUUGAUCUUUUGGAUUUUUAUGCGACUUGAGUUUAGAUUUUGUUUGUCUUGGGACGAAUAGUAUAAAUAAUGAAAAAUGGAGUAAGAAGAUCCGUUUGAAGUUAAGAAAAGUCGACGUGUCUAUAUCAAAAUACAUGUUAUUUUUAAAAAUGCUUUACAUUACAAAAACCAAACGAAUCAGUUUUUUUUUUAAUAUAUUUAAGUACGUAGUUUUUCUUUUAUAGUUAUUUUUUUGUUGAAUUAUUUUUUUUUUCGGAAAUACUUUUGAGUAAGUUUGCUUCAAACGGUGAAAAAGUUGACGGAAGUGGUAUGUUGGACCUGCUCCUUCAAAACCGCUCUGUGUUAUUGUAAAUGAACAAUGAACUUGUAAAUAUUCUAUAACCACUACGCAAUAGCAGCAUAAUUAGAUAUAGUUCAAUAAAACGUGUUGGUGUUUUCGUUUAGUAUCUACAUAUCCAUAAAAUAGCGGAGCAGGCCAAACAAAUUAGAAACGUAAAAGGAAAAUGAAACGAAGAAUGUGGUUUGAUUAUAUAGUGUCUAUUUAUCGAAGGGAAACAUAGAAGAAAUCACGUUCUUUAGCGGUUCUUUUUUUAUAACGGACUAAUUUCGCAGAUUUAACUUGACCUGUGAAAAGGCCGCGACGACGAAAUCUGCCGCGUUCGGAGAUGAGCGGACGAAUUGUCGCGGUUUGGUUUUCGCAGGUGGCAUAAGACCUCAAAAUUACUCUUGGAUUUGACAGUUCAAACCAUUUCGUUUAGAAGACAGACACUGGUGGCUCUUUCGCAGCAAAACAGAUAAACAUAACAAAAAAAGAAAUUGCAUAACUACAGAUACGGCCAAAGUUGCACUCGAUCCAAAAUCGUACACGAUAAAAUAAUCCGUGCUGAUAUUAAUUGCUGAUGGUGGUGGCACCAUGACGCGUACUCCCAAACCAACACAUUAAAAAACAAAAAGAAAAAAAUACAUUACCCGAAUUGUCGAAGACGAUUCAAACAGAUGAAUUCAGAAAAGACCUGAACAAGGUCCUGGAGGUACUACAUUCUUUCUGGGUGAGACUGUAAAGUAAUUUUUGAGGUCAAUCCAAGAAUCUCCCUAGUGGGGCCCAAUAGCAUAGUUUAUCCUCAGUCUUAGGUAGGAAUUCUAACAAACCUUUCAGUAAUAAUUCGUUUCUACUCACAUGUUUGGCAUGAUGUUGACGUCUUUGAGUUUAUGCUGUCUUUUUGUACAACACGUUUGGUUGCGAAUUUUCAGUUUGACAUGCACACACAUAUACAAAAUACGUGAACUUCAGCGGCGAUGGAACGCAAUCUGUCCAACCCCAAUACGUACGUGCGUACGUAUUUCUCUAUACGACGGUGGCAGAUUGAGUUCUACAUUCAGUAUAAUACGUAUAAAAACAGCAAACAAAAGAAAUAAACCCGGUUUUCAGUUACAGGAUCGCAUUUCGCAGGCUUCAAAAAACACACAAAAACAAAACACCGUUCGGAAAACGUUUUGGUCACCGGUUCAAAAAAAAAUCUAAAAAAUUCAUAUAGAUAUCACGAAAAAAGUACAAGCUUGUUUUAAGCACCUCUGCGCCUUAAAUUUAAAGUUCGAAG